AAGGUGUCCGUCCGGGCCGGACCCAAAUAUGUUAGGGGCACAACUUUUUUUAAAAAAGUAUUAUAUAUAUAUGUGUGUGUGUGUGUUAUAAGCCCAGGCCCAGUCCACCCAUGACCCAUCCUUUACUUAGCCCAUUCCAUGUGUACAGAUUCUGUAGACCAAAAAAAGAAACGGAAGAAAAGAAGUGCCGAUCGAAGACACCAGAAACGUCAAGAAAGGACCGGACGCCGAGCCGAGUCGCCGCCUCCACCGCCGGACGCCGACGCCGAGUCUCCGACCUGCACGCCUCCACCCUCCAGGUUUCAAAGUUUACAGGCUUCGAGUCUUCGCUCAAGGAAAUCAUCUCUGACCAGGUUAGGCUUCUUCAAUCUUCGCCACGCCAGUGCCGCCCCAUCCCCCAUCAUCGUCCCCAUCAUCGUCAGUGCCCCUUACUCUUGCAGUAUACCUGUAUCAAAUGCUAAGAGAAAGUAUCCGGAUGAGCUGCUUUCGCCUAUUGUACAGAGUUGAAACACCUUUUAUCUGCCCCUAUGACUUCUGCUCCUAUGGGGGUGGCCACAGAUUAUUCGCUACCUCUUGCUCCACCUCCACCAAAACGACAACAAAGAAGGAGAAGGUAAUUGUGAUAUCUGGACCCACUGGUGCUGGGAAAAGCAAGCUUGCAAUCGAUCUUGCAAAGCAACUCAAUGGAGAAAUCAUUAGUGCGGACUCAGUACAAGUUUGUAAAUUUGUCACUCCUUUUUGGCUCCUAAAUUCGAUUUCUCUAAUUGAUAGAAUUAAACCAAGGGAAAUUAAUUCAAUAAAUUUUUAUUGUAAAUAUGAGAAUUGUGUAGUGUUGGUUUACUUUUGUAGUGCAUACAUUUGUAGUAUUAGUGGUGAAAUCUUGUUUUUACCAUUGCCAGGUGUACAGAGGGCUAAAUAUUGGUUCGGCAAAGCCAUCCCUCAGGGAAAGAAAGGUACUUGCACAGGGAGGGGAAGGGAUGGGGUGGGGCUACACUUACAUUGUUUGGUUGGAGAAGGGGAAGGAAAACAUCUAAAUUAUUUUAAGCUUUUCAAACCCCGAAGCAGAGUUCUAGCUUUUGAACACAAUGAGGUAGGUGUAAUAUCAUUAUUUGAGUGGAAUCCCUUUCGAUUCAACAAUGAGCAUCCCAAAUCUAUUUAUCAUUAUUUUAUUUCAAGAGAUAUUAGGAGAAGAAGAUUCGAUGUUAUUGCAGUGCCUAUAUGAUUGAACAGACCUAGAUGAAAAUGAAAAUAAUUUUCCUCACCUGGUGAAAUAGAAUGGGGAGAAGAGG